AUGAAAGUAGCUGUUAUUCUGUGCGCUUUUGUUAGCCAAUGUUUGGCGGCUACUACGGUGGAAAUGUUAGCGGCGGAUCCAAACAUGUCAACAUUAGUUAAUUUGGUGACUAAAGCUGGACUCGUUGAUGCCCUUAACGGAGGAGACUUUACAAUCUUCGCCCCAAACAAUGCUGCAUUCUCCGCUCUGCCUUCCGCCACACUUACCGCUCUUGGAAAUGACGUCAACGCUCUCGCUAACGUGCUGAAAUAUCACGUGGUUCAAGGAAAAGUUCCAAGCUCAGCAGCAAGCAAUGAACUUCAACUGACAACACUGAAUGGCCAGAAAGUUAGAUUUAACAUCUACGAUCAUAACAAUGCUGUUACUGUACAAGGAUCACAAGUGAUUGCCUUGGACAAGGUCGCGUCAAAUGGAAUCAUCCACGUACUGAACAAAGUCAUGAUGCCACCAGAGGGUGAUAUCGUCGAUAUUGUUGCUAAAACUUCCGAUGUAAGCACUCUGUUGAGUUUAGUGCAACAGGCUGGUAUUGCGAAUGCCUUGAAAGGUGACGCUUUAACUGUGUUCGCUCCAACAAACGAUGCGUUUGCACGUUUACCAAGUUCUGUAGUCAGCAAACUUACAAACGAUAAAAAUCUACUAACAGAAAUCCUGGAAUAUCACGUGGUACCACACACUGAAUAUUCAGCUGGUCUUUUCAACAGGGAAUACCUAAAAACAAUUGACAGACAUAAUGAUAGACUUAGCAUUUAUUUUGACUCAGCCGGUGUUCGCCUCAACACAAAUUCCCAUGUAACUACAGCUGACAUUGGAACAACCAAUGGAGUAAUUCAUCUCAUCGACCACGUUCUCAUUCCUGCCAGAUAUUACCUCACACUUGCAAUCGGCCGAAAGUAAAGUG